AUGAAGAAUAAUAUACGCCUAUUGGUGGAUACAGGAGCAUACCCACUGAUGCAUGAAGCUCUGAUGUAUACCUUGGAUGUCAGCCGACGCCAUGACGCAUGGCCUGACGCAGCUGUGUGCAGAGAUUCAGGUAAAUACAAACAUGUCAUGGUGUUUGUAUUUGGUGACAAAGUCAGGACCUAUGAUUUAAAUACUGGCCGCGUUGCUGAAUUUGCUCAGCUGCCUCUUGAUUGUAAUUCAUCUAGUGAUAUUUCUAUUACUAUUUUUGACAACAUUUUACAUGUUCUUUUCAAUAAGGCCACCACACCUGGGCAGCAAGGAUUUGGUAUGUAUGCUCAAACAAACUGUCACAUUAAUAAAGAAGUAUAUGUGCUUGCCAAAGAAAAAACAUGGGUAAAAGUCAACAGUAUGAAAGAUAACAGAACAGUGAUAUUGUUACCACAAGGUAAUCAUAUUUACCACUGUUAUCUAUCAGCAAACCCCCGACACAAUAUGUUUGGGGUCCAAAACAAUCCUGGCCUUCACAGUUUCUGCUGUGUUUAUGGACAUGCCUCCGUUUGCACAGAAUGUUGCAAGCUAGAAAAUUAUGGGAACUGUCUCGUUCGAUUCCAUAAGUACAUACUCGUUUUUGGCACGAAAAUUAACGCCACAGCUGUAGAAUGCUACAAUACCGAAACAAGACAAACUCAUAAAUGUGAAACCUCAAUCAGUGGAACGGCUGAAAAUAUGGUUAGUUUCACGCAUGGAACAGAUGUUUACAUCUUACAGAGGAAUGGCUCCUUGUGGAAGGUAUUCAGCACUAACACCACCCCUGUAGACUUUGUGCUGGUCUCUCAACUCUGGGACUUUGACUGCAGCCUCAAAGGAUGUGUGCUUUUUAGAAAGACACUGUUCAUAUUUUGCAAUAACAAACCGUCGGAGUUAACAAUGUCCUCGCUGCCUGGGAUAUUCGCAAGCAUCCAGAUAAUAAACAUUGACAGCAGAACACCCUGUUUACCUAUGAUUCAAAAGCUUGCUUUAUAA